UUGACUCAGCCCGAAAUACAGCAUCUUGAUGACAAAACUCAGGUUCAAGAGGAAAUGAUGGCUAACAGAAACAACUCUAAUCUGCCAGACAAACUUCCGGUCUUCUCUGAGUCUACCCAUUUGCCGCGGACCAGGUCCUUCUACCUGGACCCCAUGGUCACUUUCCACCUGUACCCUGAGGCCCCGGUACCGCCCUCUUACUCUGAGGAGCUGCCACUGCUGCCUUUCUCCAGUGACUCCCUGAUCACGGAAAGUUACGGUGACCCCUGCCCCUUCUCUUUCCCACUGCCUUACCCAAAUUACAGAAGGUGCGAGUAUUCCUAUGGGCCAGCCUUUAUCCGGAAGAGGAAUGAGCGGGAGAGGCAGCGGGUCAAGUGUGUCAAUGAAGGCUACGCCCAGCUCCGACAUCAUCUGCCAGAGGAGUAUUUGGAGAAACGACUCAGCAAGGUGGAAACCCUGAAAGCUGCCAUCAAGUACAUCAACUACCUGCAGUCUCUGUUGUACCCCGAUGGCGCUGAGUCCAAGAGUAACUCUGGAAAAGCUUCUUCCAUAACGGCACCCACCAGCCGCCAUGCUGAUCCUAUUUUCAGAAUCGUUUGAG